AUGGCCGCUUCUGUUACGGAAAGCUUGCCAGCCAUGGCAAAGCACGCCCAAUCUCAGGACGGCACUGUCAACAGGUCGUCUACGGUUCCGCGUCACGACAGCAUGUCUUCCGAACCGCCUCUCUCAAUAUCAUCUCUGCCACCAGAAGAGCUGUCUGCAGACAUCACCAGUGAAACCUCAUGGUCUGACGCCGCGGUAGAAGUAAGCCAAAGGCCAGCCUUUCAACCAUCCACAUCGCUCUCUACCUACCUCGCCGAACUGUUCGAAGAGAAUGUCACAGCCAAAAUCUGCCGCACUGCGACCAAGUCUCUCCAAGAGCAAGCCUCCUCAGCCUCCGGCGAGAUACGGAAGAUCCCGAUCGCCUUCCCAGAGAUCGUACCCCAGGACGGCCCCAAUGCGGGCCAGUACGAGUUUCGCGACCCAGACUUCUGGACCUGCGGGUUCUUCCCGGGAACGCUGUAUGCCCUACUGGAACGAAGCGUCAAGCACCCGUGGACAAUGAGACUCGCUGAUGCUAGCCCCGGGCUCAGUGUCCCCAGUCUCCGCCAGCAUCUGCGGGGACUAUGCAAGAUCUGGGCCGAUCCCUUACACGACAUGGCCGGACGGACGGACACACACGAUAUCGGCUUCAUCAUUAUGCCAGCGCUUCAGAGGGACUGGGAGCUGAAUGGUAACGAGAAAAGUCUCGCUUCCAUCGUCAAGGCUGCGCAUUCUCUUGCCACUCGUUAUGUCCCCGCUGCUGGAGCUAUCCGCAGCUGGGACUGUCUCUUGAAGAAGGACAUCACUGUGACGGACAUGACUACGAAUCUCCUCGCCAUCGUUGAUAGUCUGUGUAAUCUUGACCUCCUGUUUUACGCCUCGGCACACACGGGCGAUAGUAGCCUCGCCGAGAUCGCCACCACGCACGCCCGUACGCUGUUACACACUCACCUCCGUCCUGAAGCCGUGAGCACGCUGGAGAAGAAUGGAUAUAGAGGUCAGCUCUAUUCAACAUGUCACGUUGCCAACAUCGAUCCGGUCACCGGUGAUCUCAAGUGGCGCUGGACGGCACAGGGAUACGCAAACGAUUCCACGUGGGCUCGUGGCCAGGCGUGGGCGAUCCUGGGGUAUGCUCAGACCUACCAGUGGACUCGAGACAGAGCUUUCCUCGAGGCUGCCUUGGGCGCUGCGGAGUACUUUCUGUACCGGCUCGACACGGCGCCGUCGUGUGUGGAUACACUGGUGGCUGACGAGGAGACGAACCGUUGUUCUCGAUAUGGGCAGCGAAAGAAGACAAAAGGCCGAAGGGUUCCUCUUUGGGACUUUGAUGCCCCGAUACAAAACGCCGCAGAGCCUCUGCGAGAUUCAUCAGCCGGGGUAAUUGCUGCUAACGGCAUGUUGGUCCUGUCACAGGCACUCAGAGGCAUUCAGGAACAUGCUUUGGCGCAGCGCUUCUUCGAUGCGGCGGUCAAGAUCGUCCGAGACACCCUCGACUACUCUCUCGCAGAUGAAAAGGCUCAGUUCGCCAGAAUUAGCAGCGAGACGGGGUUCGAAGUCCACGACUCCAUCGGUGGCCGCCGUUUCGACGGCAUCAUCAAGCACGGGACGGCCAAUAAUAACGAGAAUGCUAGACGAAGAUACUGGAAUCAUGGCCUUGUUUACGGGGAUUACUAUCUUGUUGAGUUUGGAAAUAGGCUGUUGAAUAUGGGAUUGGCGUAG